AUGACACAAGUUGCUAUAGGAGAUCCAAUAUCAUCUGCGAAUAAUACAUUCUUAGAUGAUGAAGAUGAAUCACAUAAAUGCAGAAGAUGUAAUUUAUCAAUAUCAGAAGGUCAUGCUUAUGAAUUAGGUGGUGAUAGAUGGCAUAUGUACUGUUUUAGUUGCUCUAAAUGCUCAAAACUCUUAGGUACAAGCUCAAAUUUCUUAGUUUUGGGAACAGGUGAUUUGAUUUGUUCAGAUUGUUCAUAUGCAUGUAAUGCUUGUGGGAAAAAAAUUGAUGAUUUAGCUAUCCUAACAGGUGAUCAAGCAUAUUGUUCAUCAUGUUUCUGCUGUCGUAACUGUAAGAAAAGAAUUGAAGAUUUAAGAUAUGCAAGAACUUCAAAAGGUUUGUUUUGUAUGAAUUGUCAUGAAAAAUUAUUGGAGAAGAAAAAAAGACAUGAACAUGAUAAAAAGUUUAAAGAUCGGUCAAGCUCUUUAGGUUUAUCAUCAAGUAAUAGAUCAAGCAUAAGAUCAAGUAAAUAUGCCAAUAUGGAAAAAUCAUUACCAAAAGUUCCACCAACAAAUUCAAAUCCUCCUCAAUCAAAUACAAAUACAACAAAUACUCCAAGUUCAAGUCAUAAUGUUUCCAUAGCAUCAGAUGAAGCUUAUUCAGAAAUUUCAACACCAGAUGUCUUAGAUGUACCUUCUUCAAUUGCAAGAACUUCUGCUGUACCACCAAGAUCACCAAAGAGAAAACAAGUUCCAUUGUCACAAGAAGCACAACCUCAACAAGAACCAUUCACAUUUCAAGAUCAAAAUCAAACCCCUGUUUCUACACUUGAUCCUCCAAUAACAGUUAAAUCAACAAGUUCACCUAUAAGAAUGAGAUCACCUUCAAUACCUGAUCAAUCAUAUUUCGAGGGACAUGAUUCAGUUUCCAAAUCAAUAUCUGAAACAACACCAUCCCAACAAAUAGAUUCUCCACCAACCUCAUUGCAUAAUACUCCUGAUUUGAAUAAUGCAUUCAAUAAUCAUACAACUCCAAAAAAAUCGCAAUUUUUAACUGAAGGUACACCGCUAAAACAAGCUAUAAUAUCACCAAAUGGUAAAAAUAGACAAGCUGUUGUUCUGGAAAGUUUAAGUUCGAGCUCUUCAAAUAAUAUAUUAUCAAGUUAUAUUAAUGAAUCACCACCGCCAAAAAUACCACCACCUGAACUACCUGAAGUAGGUGGUGAUGAUUUUAUAGAUAUGAAUGAUAGUAGUGAUGAUGAUCAAAUUUCUAAAUAUAAUCAAACUACUCAAGGAUUUCAAGAAUCAAGACAAUCAGAUCGUGUUCCAUCUGGUUUAAAUAUUCAAAAUGUUCCACAAUUGAACUCAACUAAUGAUGGUUAUGAUGAUGAUGAUAUUAGAUCGUCUGAAGACUUUCAAUCAUUCCAAAGUACUAUUCAACAUUCAUUUGAUGAUCCAGAAGCAAGAAAAGAUCAAUCACAACCACAACAAUAUCAAGCACCAAAUACACCACGCUCAUGGAAGUUUGGCCUUGGCUCAAGUCGUAAUGACAAUAGUAAUAAUGUUGUUGGAGGAAGUACAUUAUUAUCACCAACUUCACCAUCACCAAUGAAUCAUUCUAAAAAGUCUGCAUUAACAAAUAUUACAAAUGAGUCAGGAUCAAGUGUUGGUAGAACUAAAUCAAUUAAAUCACCAAAGGCAUUUUUAAGUUUUAGAAAACAUAAAAAAUCUGCAAGUGGUUCAUCAUUAGAACCAACUUUUGAAAAUCCAAAUAAUCAAAAGGGUAAAUAUCAUUCACCAUUAAUAGAACCAAGUUCAAGAUUUGAUUCAAAUCUUCAAACCCCAAAAUUUGGUUCACAUUCAAGAGGUAAAUCUGAUUCUUCUCCAUAUCAAGGUGCUGCUUUAUUUACAACUCCACCAGUACCUGAAAAUCGUCAUCAUCAUACCCAUUCACAUAGCAAUAGUCAAAUUAAUUUCAACAAUAGUAUAUCUCGUUCAAAUACUGCACAUUAUAGAAGUGCUUCAGAUGCUAAUGCUUAUAGUAAAAAUCAUCAUGAUUCAAAUGAGUUGACUGGAUUUGAAUUAGAAUUAAGAUCAUUGAAAACUGAAAUAUUUGAUUUGAAACAAGCAAAAUCUGGAUUAAGACUUGAAGUUAACGAUUUAACUAAUCAAAGAGAUCAAUUAAAUGUUGAAGUGUUACAAUUGAAUUCUAAAAUGGAGAAAUUAAAAGUUGAAUUUGAUGAACAUCAAAAACAAUAUGAAGAGCAACAAAGACAAUUCCAAGAAUUAUAUCAGCAACAAGAGCAAUUCAAUCAACAGCAUCAACAACAGCAACCAUUACAAUCUCAACCUAUACAAAAAUCAGUUUCACAAAAUGAUGCACAAUUAAAUUCUGAAAAAUCUAAUGGUGAUGCACCAAUAGUUACAGUUCUUUCACCUCCACAGGAACAAAUUAAUGAAGUUCAACAACCUAAAACAAAAGGUAGAUUUUGGAGAAGAAAUAAUGUUACAAAGGGGAUUGGUAAUGUUUUCAAUAAAUCAGAUACAAUGUCAUCAUCUCAAUCAUCUUAUUCAUUAAGUCAUUUAUUAGCCGCUGAGAAUAAAAGUGGUAAUUCAGUAGGUCAUAAUAACAACAACAAUAAUAAUAAUAAUAGCGGAAACAAUAGAGGUGGUAAUCCAACUAUAUCAGCACCAUUGUUAAGAAACGAGGAAUUAGAUGAAUUAGGUGGUAAUGACAAUAAAAAAUUAAUCAAUGGAUCUAAGAGCAAUAACUAUAUUGAAAUUGGUACAUCAUCAUCAAAUUCUACAAAGAGUAAUAUCUCAAAUUCAGGAUUAAUAAUGAGUGAUUUGUUUAACUCAACACUAGAAAUGAGAACUCUAUUUGAAAAAAGAUCGAUACCAUUACUUAUUACAAGAUUAAUUUCAGAAGUUGAAUCAAGAGGAUUAGAUUCUGAAGGGAUUUAUAGGAAAAAUGGUGGUACAUUACAAAUGAAUAAUAUUUUAAAAGCAUUUAAUAAUUUAUUAACAGCUGAAACAUCACAAGAGCUUGAAAAUUCAUUAGAAGGUGAUAUUAAUGCUGUUACAAGUUCUUUGAAAAAAUAUUUAUACCAUCAUUUACCAGAACCAAUUAUAAGUAUGAACUCAUAUGAUUCAUUCAUUCAAGUUGCAUCAAUUGAAAAACCAAUUGAGAAAAUUGAACAAUUAUCAAAAAUUUUAAAUCAAUUACCAAAAGCUAAUGUUAAAACAUUAUCAUAUUUGUUGGUUCAUAUUAAGAAAAUUGAAUCUUUUUCAAAUGUUAAUAAAAUGACGUAUCAUAAUUUAGCUGUUGUUUUCGCUCCAACUUUUACAAGAGUUUCAAGUGGUGAAAGAGAAUUAGCAGAUAUGCAACCAAGAAAUACAGUUACAGAAUUUUUAUUAAUUAAUCAAGAUGAAAUCUUGAAGAAUGUUGAUUAUUAA